AUGGCCCUGGCAUCAGGAGCCCACCCAAUGACGACGGGCCCUUCUGCAGCAGCCGCUGCUGCUCCCAGUAGUGCCGUCGCCCCUACCGUGGCCGCUACCGUCGCCCCUACCACAGCCCCUUUGCGCCAUGCACCCGCCCACACCACCCUGGCCUCCACACCACCAAGCACGUCCGCUGUUACCGCUGCUUCGAACCACACCCACACCUCCAACUUCAACGACACCUCGUCGUCGUCUUCGUCGUCCUCUGCCUCGUUCCCUACCUCCCUCUCCUCUGCCCAAUCUCCCCUUCAUCGCCGCGACAAGAACGACCACAGGCGCCGGCGAUCCAGCCUGUCCCUGGCCGCUGCAGCCUCGGCCCUCCUGCACAGGACAAAGGGCGAAUCCACGUCCCGGCACAACCACCCUCGCAACCACAACCCCCUUCCUCCUUUCGCUCCUCCUACCAGUGCGGCUUCUGCUUCGUCUUCACCCGAGGCCGCCGCGCUUUCUGUCGCAGUACCCCCGCCGCCUUCUGGCUACUCGCUGCAGUGCCAGCCGGACACGGGCACCUGGGUCUGGCACCCGAAUUCUGCUUCUCCUGCAUCGACCAGGCGUCGCAGUACAAGCUUCGGCGCAUCGGCCGCCCUCAGCCUCAACCAGCAUCUCCUCACAACGCGACCGCCCACGGAUCGCAUUGACCUCCCAGGCACCACGAAUGGCACUAUCGCACGGGAUUCCGGAGUCGCAGGAAAAGGUUUGACCAGCAGCGGGAGCCUGGGCGCAGAACAAAGGCAGCAGAGAGAAGCGGACGGCAGGAACGAGACUCGGCGCGCUAGUCCGCGACAUCACCACACCUCCUCGUCCGCCUCGUCCACAGCAACGGCCGUCACGAAUACGUCAACCUCGCCCACACUCGUCCUUAACCAGCAUCGGACACCCUCCCCCCCGCCUUACGUAGUCGACGUGGACAUCUCCACCAUCAGCGGUGGUGCAUUGCUACCCAGUCUGUCAACGGACCUCCCAUCCGCACGUGAAACACCGACACAUCACCAAUCGAAACCGGCCUUUGCAUCUCCGGCUCGCAGCCCGCGGAUCGCAGAUCGCGGUAAAGAGCCUCAUUUCGCCAGUGACAGCGUCAGCCCUGCCUCUCGAGUGCAAGGUCUGGGUCUGAGCGUCGAGUCACGAUACUCGCGCUGGGCGAACAUAGGCGCGUCGUCGCGGUCGCAGGACAGCCUGAGCCUGCGCUCUUCUGAGAGAAGCGCUGGCAGUGACAGCACCCUCACUGUUACCUCGCCUCGGACCAGUCCGUACCUGUCACAGCAGGAAUCGCCGCUACCACCGCUGCCGCCAUCUCCACUUCCCCCAGUCUCAUCUCUGGAGAAUCAAGCCCCCCCGCCCCCUCCUCCAAAGGAUCAGCGUCCCACCGGUGUCUCUGCCGUCGCUGCGAGCGGACGAGUAGGUAGAGGCCUUGGAGGGCUGCUGGAGCAGCAGCACCACCACCUCCCGAAAGGCAACCAUUCGGUCGACAUGUCUGGCAGCAGGGCCCGGUCGAUAUCGUCUGCCAACCGGAUCGCGCAACCGCAAGACUCGUCUGCCCCAUACCGCAGUUAUGCAGCCGCCAACGCCAACGAGCCAGGCUCGGACAGGAAUAGGAUGUCUGACUUCGACGGCGCAGAUGGUGGCAGGAGCAGGGACCGCAGGGAGCAGGAUAAGAAGACGAUGUUGUCGAAAGCGCUGCAGAAGGCGCACACCGCCGUACUGCUAGAUAAUGCGCAAAAUUUUGAGGGUGCAAUCGAGGCAUACGACGACGCGUGUAGAUUGCUGGGCCAGGUACUCGUACGGAGCGCUGGCGAAGAUGACAGGAGGAAACUGGAUGCCAUUCGAACGACCUACACAAACCGAAUACAAGAACUGCAUCAGAUCAGUCGCGAGGCUGCACAGGCCAGCGGUAAAAACCUGCCCGCGCGUCCGAUGAGCGAUGAGUCGCUGUCGGCAUCCGUGUCGGCACACGACACUCCUCAGUCUCACCGAUCAUUGGAACCGGAGCCCCGGCAGGAACAGAGUUCAGGCCUUGCACGGAUGAGCGCCAACACGAUCGCCUCGCAGCAAAGCACUCGAACAGAGACUUCCGUCAUGUCUCAGCCUCCAAAGAUUGAGGAGCCGCAGAAACAGCCACAGCCGGUGACGAACGGUCUCCCGCUUCGGCCACAGACGACGCAGAAUGAAAGGUUGCAGCCGGCGACAUUUCAGUCGACAGAGCUACUGUUAACUGUAGGAUCACCUAUGGACCCGAGUUAUAUCCCGCCACCGCUCUCGCCGCGACGCUUGCAGACGUCGCAAUCAGACAGUCAGGCCACCAUUGAAAAGCUUCAGCCAGCCGCGGACACGGUCGCCGUGACAGAGCAUUCUCGCGUGAACAGCGGAAACUCAAUAUCAUGGCUUGACACCAUAGACGAGUCAGCCGGCUCCUCAGACGACAUGUCGGUACAUUCUUUGCGGGACGGCGCAAUCAACCGAAAGCACGUUCGUGUUCCAAGCGGCGACACAGAAGCUGAAUUUGAUGCCGCCCUCGACGCAGCUGUCGAGGCUGCGUAUGCGGAUGGCAUGGAGCCGUUCGACUACGAGGACGAACCAACGCUCGACUACAAGGACGCAGUGCUGUCGGAGCCAGUCAAGCAGAUGGUCGACACGGAGCGGAAGCGCCUGAGCGACCGCUCACAAAUCAUACAGCAGGCGCACGCGCGCACCAAGCAGCUGACCAAAGAAGGGCAGUUCAGCUCCCGUAUCAGCAGGGACCUAUACCGUCUGUCCGACGAUGAUCUGGAGGAGGAGCGCAUCCUGGAGGAGAUUCAGAAGGACUUUGGCUUUGAUUUUGGUCUGAAGUCCAAGCCUAACCCGCCUCGCCAAUCGGACUCGAGCGAGUACUCCGGUGCGAGCACGUACCACUCGUCUAUGUCGAGCAGCAAGGCCGCGACCGCGUCGAGCCUAUCGACCGUCAGUGAGUCAACUGUCGACAUCGGUUCAUCACCGCCGAAACCUGUGCAGGAGUUGCCCCGGCUGAGCGAGGAGAGCACCACGGUUCGGGACUCAUUGGCGCUGAUGUCAGCGGGGCAAACCACAUUUGGUGGUCCGCUGCCCACGCCGAACGCAAACAACAGCGCCACCGCUGGCAUGGGUGUGCGCAGCCGACGCAUGUCUGGGCAAAACGCCAAGCAGCUCAAGAUCGAGACGAACGUGCCACCCAAGAAGUCGCUGCCACAGCCGCCGCCCACAGCCCCGCCGACGACGGUGCACCUUGACGAUGCGCAGAGCGCGAAACCGCUGACCGCCAAGUCCGACACGCAACUGUUCCCGGACACGCUUCCGCCGCAACCACCAACGACGUUGAUUACGAAAUCGUCCCCAGUAUCGAGAGCACAGGACAGCCAAGGGGCUCGCGACGCCAUUCCCACGCCGACGACGCCGGCACCUGGCUUGGGACUGAGCGGUAGUGGCGAGAGUCGGUCGCCAGGCAACAAAGAAAAGCCCGUCGCGCUGAAGAAGAACAAAUCGUCAAUCAGCUUGAAGACGCGCAAUGUGUCCGUCUCUUCUCCAGACGGCUCGGAUGUCGGAAGUGCCAGCACACCUCUCAGUACGAGCUUCACCAACUUCUCCAACAACAGCCGUAAGAACCUUCUGUACAAGGAUACGAACGUGCCGCCCACUCCCGGGCUUCCUUCAUUUGGGGAGAACCUGUCGCGCUCGGCGUCGAACGUCAAUCUCUUUGAGAGUGAUCUACACUCACCCUAUGUGCCAGGUUCGCCAAAUCCGAUGGCCGCCAACGCACCAAUACCCCUCGAGCCCUGUCCGGAGAGCCACCUGUUGCGUCCGUACUGGCUGAUGCGAUGCUUCUACCAGACGAUCGCCCACCCCAGAGGCGGCUACCUGUCCACCAAACUUUUCGUCCCUCGUGACGUCUGGCGCGUCAAGGGGGUGAAGAUCAAAGCCAUGGAGGAAAAGAUUGCCAACUGCGACUUGCUCACUGCGGGCCUGCUGAAGCUUCACAAGGUUGACUCGCUCGAUGCUGAGGCCGUGCUCGAGGAGAUGCAGCAGUUUGAGUUGGUACUAGACCAGGUGCAAAGCAACUUGUCCAAGAAGUUGGGCAGCGACGUCAGCGUCCAAGGCAUCCAGUCCCUGUUCAAGGAUGCACCCUCGUUGUCAGGCGAAGUCGUCAGCCCUUCUGACGUGACGUCGACUUCAAGCAGUGGCUCCCGCGCUGUUAGCCAGGGGAAGAGCUUCCUGUCCAGCAUGCGCAAGCUGCGCUCAAAGUCAUCCGCAGUAACGCUUACCCCGAGCAGCAGCGGCAUCACGACUGGCGUUAGGGAUCCGGGCGCCUCGAAAGAUGCGCUGACCCUGAGCACGCUGCCGAUGACGAAUCUUGCGAACCCCAGGUUUGCGAAGAGGGAUGUGAGCCGGUUGGAGGUGUCUGGGCCGCACGCAAGCUACAUGGAGAGUCUCGCGCGACUUUGCGAUGCGGUACAGAUCAUAGACCAAGUCGCAAGACAAGUAGAGGAUCCUGGACUCAAGCACUCAUCACAGACACACGUGGGCCUCGAGCUGUCCACUCGGCAUGCCAGCGAAUUUUUCGGCUUUUACAUCUGCCGCUUCGUCCUGACCGACCUCACCAUGCUACUGGACAAGUUCAUCAAAAGGGGGAGUGAGUGGGUCAUUGCCUGAUGGCGACGAUUUCUCGCACACAUGCACGCACACGUUAUAGUUCUAGAUCGCGCGCAACGAAACGAACGAAUGUAAAGAGAGAGGCACAGCUAGCGAUUCGACGAGGAUAUCUAUACCCUUACGAAAGGUUUUGUAUUACAACCAGAUACUUACUUCCCAUCAUCUGCUUCUACCUUCCUCUGCCUAACCUUGAAUUGCCGACAUACUGGUUAGCUACACACUUCUGAAGGACUCCGUGGAAUACUUCUCUUUCUCUAAACACGAUAUCCACAUCCGAAUCUUUAUUUUUAUUUCUUUUCUCCACGCCCCUAAGGUCAUCGGGGGCGGAAGUGAACGAGCAACGGUGAGAAGAAUGGGGCGGUUUCGGGUGACGCAGACUUGAUGACGGGAGAAUCUAGAAAAAAAAAAUUAAACACAAAAAGCGAAUAUGGGUGCUAUUCGCGGAUGGUUUCCAAAAUCAAAAAUACGGGAGAAAAGGACGAGGUCCGAUGUACGAACAUCUAUCAUCAUGGGCGUUGUAUGUGUUUGAUGUCGUUGCUGACCCUAUCGAUGCUAUUUUCUUUUGGGCAGAGCGAGUUUGGCCUUCUGCCUAUACUUCACACUUGUUUCGUGGUGUUACGUGGUGUCCGUGAUGAAGGGCAUCAUUAGAGCACGCAUCUCAGCUCGGGGUUUUGUUUGCGGGUGCUGUCUCAUCGAACCCUCACUAUGCGGUUUUUUAUCCCCCCAUAUAUCUCGCGCAUCGGUGUUCUCAUCUUCUUUGCUCUGGGGAAAGACGACUAUGGCAGAAUAUGUCAUAUGUUUUUGUACAUGCGUCACAGCUGUCCUGUCUAUCUUAAGGUGUAUCUUGGGGUCUUCGUCUUCUUCCUCUUUUUCUUUACGGCCCAGACUAGCGAUCGAGUUGCUACACUUGCGUUUCUUGGAUAGCGCCAUGAAGGAAAAUACAUGGACUUUGCUUUUUUUUUCCCUGCUUCAUCCUCAUAUUUCGAGACUGGAUGUGCUCUUAUGUGCCUUUUGAUUGGUCUCUCGGUUUUCAACCCCCUUUAUUUUUACUAUCCCUAUUGUGGAGUCUUCUCUUCCGGGCGUUGAAUCGUGUUUGCCUUUUGCCCUUGCACUUACCAUCCUCCCGAG